GUCAAACCUCCCGUUCCUCCUUCAGGCAGCGAUCAACAGAACUCGUAAACUAGCAUGUUGUUGGACAGCCCAGCUAGCCAACCGCCGCUACCAAAGAACUGCAGUGCUUACGUCUUUAUAUUUUAGUUUAAUACCUCAGUGUGAAACAAAGACAUUUUCCGGUUGUACGGACUGUCACAGGAUACAAACGAAGCCAUGUAUUUUUGCUCUGGUUGACUGCUAACUUUGAGCUAAGAUAGCUUAGCUAGCCAUCAGAUGGUUUGUUUUGGUCGAGGUGGACUGGUGACAUAAAGAAAACAACAGCCCGUCUCGGUGAUUUUUACACGGCUUGGGUUCCCUGGGGCGCUGAUGUGUUGGUUCCCCUGGCUCCACAUCAGUUGAGAUAAAGAAACACACAGUGGAUGGAAACAUGGCGUAAAGGCGUGACGCCGAGACCCAAGGUGUUAUCAACAGGCAGGGAGACAGACCGCAGGCAGGGAGACAGUCAACAGGCAGGGAGACAGUCAGUCAGUCUGGCCAACUCCAGCCGGCCGUGGUGCCCAUCUCUUAUCACUGAAUCGCCCCUAAACUAGUUCGACAUGCACGACGCGUAUGAACCGGUGCCUAUCUUGGAAAAGCUUCCCCUCCAGAUUGACUGCCUGGCGGCUUGGGAGGACUGGCUUCUGGUUGGCACGAAACCGGGACACCUCCUCCUCUACCGGAUAAAGAAAGAUGCAGGCACCAAUAGAUUUGAGGUGACGCUGGAGAAAUCCAACAAGAACUUCUCAAAGAAGAUCCAGCAGCUCUUCGUGGUCUCCCAGUACAAGAUCCUCGUCAGUCUGCUUGAGAACAACAUCCAUGUCCACGACCUGCUGACCUUCCAGCAGAUCACCGUGGUGCCCAAGGCCAAGGGAGCCACUCUGUUCUCCUGCGACCUACAGUCCGGCUCCGGAGAGGCCAAGCUGAGGAUGUGUGUCGCGGUCAAGAAGAAGCUGCAGCUGUACUUCUGGAAGGACCGGGAGUUCUACGAGCUCCAGGGGGACCUGGGGGUACCGGACAUCCCCAAGUCCAUGGCGUGGUGUGAGAACUCCAUAUGCGUGGGCUUCAAACGGGACUAUUACCUCAUCCGGAUGGACGGGCGGGGGUCCAUCAAGGAGCUGUUCCCCACCGGGAAGCAGCUGGAGCCGCUGGUGACGCCGCUGGCCGACGGCAAGGUGGCGGUGGGCCAGGACGACCUCACGGUGGUGCUCAACGAGGAGGGCGUCUGCACGCAGAAGUGUGCCCUGAACUGGACCGACAUCCCCAUCACCAUGGAGCACCAGCCCCCCUACAUCAUCGCGGUGCUGCCUCGCUACGUGGAGAUCCGUACCUUGGAGCCUCGUCUCCUGGUCCAGAGUGUGGAGCUGCAGAGGCCGCGCUUCAUCACCUCAGCAGGGCCCAACGUGGUGUACGUGGCCAGCAACCACUUCGUGUGGCGCCUGGUCUCCGUCUCCAUCGCCAGCCAGAUCAGACAGCUGCUGCAGGACAAACAGUUCGAGCUGGCCCUGCAGUUGGCGAAGAUGAAGGACGACUCUGACGGAGAUAAGAAGCAGCAGAUCCACCACAUCCAGAACCUGUACGCCUUCAACCUGUUCUGCCAGAAGAGGUUUGACGACUCCAUGCAGGUGUUCGCAAAGCUGGGCACAGACCCAACCCACGUCAUCGGGCUGUACCCCGACCUGCUCCCCUCGGACUACCGCAAGCAGCUACACUACCCAAACCCCCUGCCCACGCUGUCAGGGGCGGAGCUGGAGAAGGCCCACCUCGCCCUCAUCGACUACCUCACACAGAAGCGCAGCCACCUGGUGAAGCAGCUGAACGACUCGGACCCGUCCACCCCCUCCCCGCUCAUGGAGGGUACCCCCACCAUCAAGAGCCGCAAGAAGCUCCUGCAGAUCAUAGACACCACCCUGCUGAAGUGCUACCUCCACACCAACGUGGCCCUGGUGUCUCCCCUGCUGCGUCUGGAGAACAACCACUGUCACAUCGAGGAGAGCGAGUACAUCCUGAAGAAGGCCCACAAGUACAGCGAGCUCAUCAUACUCUACGAGAAGAAAGGGCUGCACCGGAAAGCCCUCCAGGUGCUGUUGGACCAGUCCACCAAGGCUAACUCCCCCCUGAAGGGCCACGAGCGGACCGUGCAGUACCUCCAGAGACUGGGAGUGGAGAACUUGGGCAUGAUCUUCGAGUUCGCCCCGUGGGUGCUGAAGAUUUGUCCCGAGGACGGGCUGAAGAUCUUCACGGAGGACCUGACGGAGGUGGAGUCGCUCCCCCGGGACCGUGUGCUGAGCUUCCUGCGGGAGGGCUUCAGGGAGCUGGCCGCCCCCUACCUGGAGCACAUCAUCCACGUGUGGGAAGACCCGCGGCCCGACUUCCACAACGUGCUCGUCCAGCUCUACCUGGAGCGCGUGCAGGGCCUCAUGAAGCAGUACCUCAACUCCCUGCCCGAGGGUGUGAGCGCCGUGGCUGCAGGUAAGGAGGAGGGGGACCUGGGAGAGUUCCGGUCCAAGCUGCUGGACUUCCUGGACAUGUCCUCCAGCUACGAACCCGCCAGACUCAUCAGUGACUUCCCCUUCGACGGCCUGUUGGAGGAGCGAGCUCUGCUGCUGGGCCGCAUGGGGAAACACGAGCAGGCGCUCUUCAUCUACGUUCACGUGCUGAAGGACACGCGCAUGGCAGAGGAAUACUGCCACGGGCAUUACGACGACCUAACAGAAGGAAACAAAGAUGUGUACCUAUCCCUGCUGAGGAUGUACCUCUCCCCCCCGGACGUCCACUGCCUGGGGCCCAUCAAGAUGGAGCUGGCGGAGCCGCAGGCCAACCUCCAGGCGGCCCUGCAGGUCCUGGAGCUCCACCACAGCAAGCUCAACACCACCAAGGCCAUCCACCUGCUGCCGGCCAACACUCAGAUCCGGGAGAUCCGGGUGUUCCUGGAGAGUGUCCUGGAGGAGAGGGCCCAGAGGAAGCGCUUCGACCAGGUGCUGAAGAGCCUGCUGCAGGCCGAGUUCCUCCGGGUCCAGGAGGAGCGUAUCUUCCACCAGCAGGUGAAGUGUGUCAUCACGGAGGAGAAGACCUGUCGCGUGUGCAAGAAGAAGAUCGGGAACAGUGCGUUCGCCAGGUACCCCAACGGCGUCGUGGUGCACUACUUCUGCUGCAAGGACCGCUCCGCCUGCCCAACGGACCACUAACCCCCACCCCGGGACCCCCACCCCGGGACCCCCACCCUGGGACCCCCACCCCGGGACCCCCAACCUGGGACCCCCACCCCGGGACCCCCAACCUGGGACCCCCACCCAGGGGGGCUGAUGAAUAAGGCAGGAGACCCCUCUCACCGUGCGGACCCCACGGCCUUUAGGAGGAGGAUGAGGAGGACGAGGAGUCGUGUCUUCAUCACCGGAGCCUCGCCGUACAGAAGACACUCUGGCCCCGUCUCCCAAAACUCACUGGAUGCUUUUACCCAGAGUGCACCUGGGCGCCCCCGCUUCUUCUCCUCCUGUGUUGUUGUGUUUUAUUCACGGUGUCCAGGGGAACUGGGUCAUGGUGAUGUCAUGCUCCCCUGCCCGGAGCCCCGACACCAGACCUUCUCCUGGAGGCACCUAGCACUCUUCCCUCACUCCCUCUCCCUCACUUUCCCCUCACUCUCUCCUCUCUCUCCCCUCACUCUCCCUCCCUCACUCUCCCCUCCCUCCCUCUCCCCUCCCUCUCCCUCACUCUCCCCUCUCCCUCCCACACUCUCCCCUCCCUCUCCCCUCUCUCCCUCUCUCUCCCCUCCCCUCCCUCACUCUCCUCCUGCUCGCGGUUCAUCGGGGGUCACUAAUGGACUCUCGGUUUGGGUUGUGGUCAAGAGCGGUCUACCACCAACAGGGGGGGAGAGAUAGGGGGAGACGAGGAGAGGGCGAGAGAGACUGAUAUCUGACAUUGUCCAGCUGGCCCGUGGCUUCACUCCCCGACCUGAUGGAGAGAAUGAGACUCUGAGGUAGAGGAGCUGAGUGAUGAAGGCCCAAAUCCCCUGAGGGGAGGGGGGGUUGCGGACAUAAUGACGUCAUUCUCUCCCUCUCCUCCCCCAGGUCGCUCCUUUCAUGUCAUGUGUGCUCGUGACUCUUAUUAUAAAACACAAUGAAAUGCCUUGUGGGACGGGAGACUGUACUCCGAAACGUAAGUCAUCCGUCUGUCUGUCUGUCUCACCUCCUCACUGUUUCUCCGUCUACUCUGCGCGUCAACCAGUCUGUCUGUCCACCAGUCCGUCUGUGUGUCCACCCGUCAGUGUUUCCCCCCAGUCUGUGCAUCUCCUAAUGCCUCCAGCAUGGCUUUGGGUGGCGGCUCUCGACAGCGCUGUGUGUCUGCAGCACGCCUUCCUCCAGUGUUCCUCUGUGCGAUCGCGAUAUAUGCACCGCAGUCCGCCCCCCCUGACCCGGAGAGACCACCAAGUCUCCAUCCUGGUUUCACGACGGUCGGUCCUCAUCAGGCUGGCAGAUUAAACCUUCCUCUCGGCGGCUGGUUCUCCUUCCCUCACACCCCCGCAGAUUAAAAGACUUAAACGCCCGGAAGACCGGUUAUCUGAAGGCUUGAAUCACACGCCUGUCCAGUAAAACAAUGAUGUGUAUCAAUCUAAAGAUCUAAUAUAGUGACUUUUGAGGGUCAUUGUGUUGUUACGCAGACAUUGACAUCAAAGCCGUAGCGUGACCCAGACGGAGGCUUCAGUUAGUUAGAGCAACAGGAAAUGACUUGAGGAAUUCUAAUUAAUGUUCUUUAUUUAACGAACGCUCCGAGAACAGCCGGUACGGACGGCUGCUGACUUGCCAGAGGGCACAUCGGCAGGGGUGCGAGUCCGACUGCAAUCUGACAGGCUGCCUUAUCUCCCCGUGAUUUGUAUGAAUUAGCUUGAUUUGUAACUCUACGGAGGUCAUUUGUGGAGGGGGUGGAGCUAAACCGCCCCCCUGUAAUCGAGUAAUAGGUUUGCACACGUUCACUGUAUGAGACUGUUAUCCUUGUUUUUGUACAGUCCCACUGUGUAUACUGUACAAAGUGCUGAGCGCCCCGAGGGCAAAGGUCACGAAGAAAACGUUUGCAACGAGCACUUAUUAAAUGCAGCAGGCGUCCUGUGAGACGCUCUGUGUGUACAGCUUCAACCAAUAAACAUGCAGCUCCUCUGA